AUUUCAUCCCCCACUUUAAUUGUCAAGUCUCUCCCCGGAGACCUGUUAUGUAAUCUGGGAAAAAAAGUAGGUAAAUUUCUUUACAUCAUAUUUUAGCUAGCUAUCUUGUAGAGUUGUAAGGGGGGGGGUCAUGGCCAUUGCUGGAGGAAUGUCUUGCCACGCCAUUCUUGUCUUGUGCUUAGCUGCAUUGGCCUCUCGAGCCACCGGCAGGGUUGCCAUUCCCCCGGCUGUGUUCGAUGUUUUCCGUGGUAGUAAUUUGGGUGUCCAUGACAAAGCUGAUCCUGAUGAGAAGAUCUUUAACGUGGUAGAUUUCGGCGCCAAGCCUGAUGGGAACCAUGAUGCAAGCAUGAAUUUCAUAAAAACAUGGCUUGCAGCAUGCCACAACACUGGGAAAUCAAGGGUUCUGAUCCCACCGGGGACAUACAAGAGUGGGCCAGUGGUAUUUCAGGGGCCAUGCACCAGUUCCAAACCCGUAGUUGUUCAAGUUUUAGGGACCAUAAAAGGCCUGAAUGAUCUGUCCUUAUAUGAAGAGCCAUACUGGUUCUUGUUUGAGAAUGUAGAAGGCUUGGUCAUUAUCGGCAAUGGCAUCUUUGACGGACAAGGUUCAAGUGCCUGGAAAGUCGCUGGUGACUGCGGCAGUUCCAGCGAUGGUUGCAGUCCACUCCCAUCUAACAUCAAAUUCAACGGCGUUAGAGACGGGGUCAUUCGAGGCAUUAGUUCCCUCAAUAGCAAAGGAGUUCAUCUUUUCAUCACUGACAGCCAGAAUGUUAGGGUUCGCAGAGUGAAUAUCUCUGCCCCUCGAACAAGCCCCAACACUGAUGGCAUCCACAUCAGCAACUCCAACAAUGUCAAGGUCGCCAGAACUCACAUUGCCACCGGUGAUGAUUGCAUUGGCAUGAUUCAGGGAUCAACCAACAUUGCCAUCAACAAUGUAAUUUGUGGCCCCGGACACGGCAUUAGUGUUGGUAGCCUUGGCAAGUAUGAGCACGAAAAUGACGUGACAGGAAUCACCGUGAAGAAGACCACAUUUUUGAACACAGACAAUGGGAUUAGAAUCAAGUCAUGGCCAGGAUCGGGUCCUAGUCGGGCAUCAGGAAUGGUUUUCAAGGACAUCAUCAUGCAGAAUGUUAGGAACCCUAUUAUAAUUGACCAAGAGUACUGCACUGGGGGAUGCAACAAGAACCAGCCAUCGCACGUGCAGAUCAGCGAUGUCCACUACAUAAACAUUAGAGGGACAACACCGUCAAAUGUGGCAGUAGAUUUCAUUUGCAGCAGCCAGGUUCCUUGCCAAAACAUUCAGCUUCACGACAUCGAUUUGAAGUAUACUGGUCCAAAUGCUGCAGCUCUCACCAACGUAUGUAAAAAUGUAAAAGCUGGUUUUCGUGGCAUACAAAACCCACCAGCCUGCCACUGAGAAUUGAGUUCCCGCAGUUGAUCAAGACACCCUCAGCCUGUCCUGCUUAACUAACUACUUAUAUUUUUAUCAUCGUUACUGGAAGGGUAGGGGAAUAAGGAGAGGAGAGCAUUUGGUGUCUCUGGGAAUGGAAUGAUGCAUGUACUAAAAGUUACAAUUUUUGUGGCAUCAGUGGCAUAUUGUGCUUUGAUGGCCAGCGGGACCGUGGCCCCUCCCAAAACUUUACAAAUAAUAUUAAGUAAUUUUCCAUUAUGCUAA